UAUUCGUUAACUUAUUUCUUUUUUAGUGAUUUUUUUUAAUUUUCACCGAUCUUUCUUCUUUAACAACUUUUUCAACAAACAAAUCAAUCAGUCGAGUGAAUCAAACUUGAGUUGGCCAUUUAAAAUUCAAAUUGAACUUGAGAUGUUCCUUGUUUGGAUUCAAAUCCUCCCCUCGCUAUCAUACUUUCCAGUACUAUAAUUUUCUUUUUUUCACUUGAUUAUUUUCUGUUAGGUUGAUGGCGCAAAUUCUAGAAGACACGGUGAAGGCUACCUUACCUUGUCUUUUAUAAACCGAAAGGAUCAUAAUAUAAAAUAAAUCAUUGGGACCCUUUUCUUUUGAGACGACGACGGGAUCUCUAAACGGUUACAUUUGAGCCUUCGCGAAGUCUUCCAAAGACACAAUCACCGAGAAAGAGAGAGAGAAUGGAGAAACAGCAGCAAAACGAACAGGUGGUGAAACUUCGGUGCAAGCGAAUUGGCUGUGAUGCCGUGUUUACCGAAGAUGAUAAUCCUGAAGGUUCCUGCACUUACCAUGCUUCCGGACCUAUAUUUCAUGAUGGGAUGAAAGAAUGGAGUUGUUGCAAGAGGAGAAGUCACGAUUUUAGCUUGUUUUUAGAAAUUCCAGGAUGUAAGACAGGCAAACACACAACUGAAAAACCAGUGUUAACAAAAGCAACUCCAAAACCUGCAGUUUCUGCUCCUUCAGCAGCUCCUCCGUCCAGUACUUCAGCAAAAGAACUUUGCCCUAGAUGUCAACAGGGCUUCUUUUGUUCAGAUCAUGGUUCACAAGCAAAAGAACCAAAGCAUUCAGUUACAACAACACCUGCUGAAACCGAUGUAGAAGCUCAAGUGCCUCCUGCUCCAGUGAAGAGGAUUGAUAUAAACCAGCCGCAAACUUGCAAAAACAAGGGAUGUGGGAAAACUUUCAAAGAAAGGGAUAAUCAUGAGACUGCAUGUAGUUACCAUCCUGGGCCUGCUGUUUUUCAUGACCGAAUGAGAGGGUGGAAGUGCUGCGACAUUCACGUGAAGGAAUUUGACGAGUUCAGGGAAGUUCCACCAUGCACCAAGGGAUGGCAUAAUGCCAAUCCAGCAUCCUGAGCACCAGACAUGGAUGAGGAGAUUGAUAUGUCUCUGUCAGUCUUAACAUUUGUUCAUUGGUCAACAUAGUACACAAUGUGAUUCUGGUAUGAACAUUAUUGGACUCAUUUCUGCCCUUUCUGGUAGGAGCUUUGAAGAAACCAGUUUCUAUGGCUAUAUUCUGUUGUGUAUUUGUAUUUUGAAAUUUUCAGAUUACUGAAGAGUUGUGCUGGUAUGACUAAUCUUUCUGCCCUCAAA